AAUGACCCUAUCCGACCGUCGCCCGAAGGCGAUUUAUACCAGGAAGGAGCGUAGUGCGGGCCCGUGUCGAGCGCCCUCUUCAGUGAGAGGUUUUCUGACUCCCUCCUCCCUCCCUUCUCGUCCCUCCUUCCCCUUUCCCUUCGUCCCUCCCCUUCCUUGUGCCUUCGGUGGUAUCGCAUCAUGCGCGCCCCUGUAAAUCCCUUCUCCCCGUCGCGGCCCUUUGCCCGCCUACGUUCAUUUCACCUCCACCCAGUCGACGAAGACGUUGAGAAGGCCGAGACCCCUUCCACUCCUCCAUCGACCCCGCCACGUACGCGGAGGGCUCCCUCACUCCCCAACUUUGCUGCCGCGCUCCCUAAACUCGCGAAGCCACUUCCUCUCCCAUCCAUUUCCCUUCCCCAACGUCCAGGCGCUCGCCUGGUUUGGUUCAUGGUCGCUGCAUCAAUCACCUUCAUCCUGGUGAUAUGCGUUGCCUUCGUCGGAGGGGACAUCGAGCAGCCGUAUCUCAAGGGAGUGCUCGACAAUGCUGCGAAGCAUAGUCCAGGGCUAGUGCUGAUCGGCGAGAACGUCGACAUUGACGUGGACGAACCAUCCAUCGGUAUCCGCUGGUCUAUCCUCGCCUGCGGCGCAGCACACAUGCAGCCCGGCUCGGGUGGCUUGCACGGCAGCAGGGUUUGCGGACUGCCGAAAGAAGCGGUGCAGAUAUUCGUGGACAGCGACGUCGAACCCACGGGCAGCUAUGACCCGAAGCAGAUGCCUACAAGCUCUGACGACGGGCAUCCCUUAAGCGCACAAAACCUCUUCCAGUUCGACAGCGAUCAUGUCCUCGACGUCCACGAUGCGCGUCUGUACCCGUUUGAUACCUACUACCUCUCUGGCACUCUCCGCGCCAUGUCGCCUCUGACAAACGAGUCCAUCCCCAUCCGCCGCCUCGCUACCGUCCAAAAUAUGUUAGGCUUCUUUGUCGAUACCACCGACGUCGCGAGCUUGCGAGAGCCUGCGGGGACGACGCCGGAAGAGGAGUUGACCGAGGACCAGAGCGAACUCGACGUGCCAAGUCGCGACUUCGAGAUGCGCGUGUCGCGGCAGGGCGAUGCUCGCUUCUAUGCGCUCGCGUUGUUUGGCUUGGGGUGGUUUGCGGUACAUGUGCAGGGGCUAAUGGUCUACUUUGCGAGGAAGACGAUGGACUUGACGGUCAUCCGAGUGUAUCUAGCCGCUGGGGUCGGGAUCACCAUUGCGUUGCCCCAGCUGCGAAAUGCGAUGCCGGAUGGGCCAGACUUGGAUGGCGUUCUUAUUGAUGCGAUAGGGUACUUCCCUCAGGUGUUCCUUAGCGGCUUGGGCGUGGCCGUCCUGCUCCUCAUCCUCAUCGUGCGACAGUCUUGCGCCCAGGACGAGUCGGCAGAGCCCACUGACGAAGGUCAAGUUCUAUAUAUCAACGACCCACCUUCGCCUCCCCUGAUGCGUUCGCCUCCCAUGCGCGUGCUGGGCCGUCCAUCCACUGCCUCGAGUCACGGCCCUGCACGGCGCCCGCCUUCGCGCAUUUAUCCGCCGACGCCAUCCCCAACGACCCCUGGCGAGGUUGCGGAAUACGAGAAGGCUCGCGCGACGAAGCACCUCCGCGGUGAGUACGUGUUCCCGCCGGUCCAGCUUGUCGGCUCGGCGAUGGGUGUACACAAGGAUGCAGGGCAUAGACGGUUCAAGACAGUGCACUUUCUGUGACGGACUUCGUUGUAACACUACUACCACUAGCAUAGGCGAGUAUACCUCAGCCAUCCACUGUCCUUUCUCCUAAAUUAUCCUAUGUACAAUAGCGGAUGGACUUGUUGUCGUCGGAUGUUCACAAUACUCACUUCUCGAUUUUCCUGCUUGUUUCUGUUGUCUACUAGAAUAUAUUUUUUCGACACUGCAA